AUGAACCACCACCUCAGCAGCAAGAAAAAACCAAGACAUCAUCCAUACCUACCAACAUUGACUCCAUUAAAGCGACCUCCUCCACCCCCGAGCUGGGAUAACGAGCUGGCCCGUUCGGGUAUCCCUCUCGCUCCCGUCCGCCAAAGAAAAGACAACAACAUCUCUAACUCGCCCAACGCCCUACUGUCGCUUCCCGCCAACCCAUUGAUCAUGCCUGCUCCUCGACCCCACCCUGUCCACAACGCCGAUCUCGCUUCUCUGGAAGGGCAUGAUUUAUUCCGAGCUGCGCAGAGAAUUGCAACUAGUGAGACCCCAAAAAUCAUUUGCCUCAACCCACGAUCUUUCACUUCGGCGAACACCUUCAACACUCUACCCCUACAAGCGGAUGAUAUCUUCUUUUGGCAACUCUACUUUACCUGCUCCGACAAUGUCCAAAGACCACUCGCCGAUGUAAUCAAUCUCUGGCUCGCCGACACUUCGGACGAGCUGCUUGUUUCCCGCCCCCCACCCAGCCUUUCUCAGCCAGACAAGAUUGAACUCGUUUCCCCUCAAAACGAUACUCUGUGUUCUCAGAAUCAUCUCAAGUUCUCUGACCACUCCACCAACGCGGAAACGCUGUACUAUGAAGCCCUCCACGACAACAUAUAUUGUGGAUAUGAUCUGGACGGCAACUCACCCGAUUCCGAGGGCCAGAACCCGAUGACGGAGCACGCCGGCGAUCCGUUGCUCGCAAUCCUGACAAGCUAUUUCCCGCCUUCUCCCGGCGAAGAAGAUGUUGCCGAGAUUUACGAGGCACUCAAGGAAGAGGUUCGGCGCUCAAGAAUCAAAGUAGAGGAGGCAGAGUUGGUUCCCGAGAAGGAAUGCGCUGGAGAAGAGCUAGUGCUUGACGAUAUCACCAAUGUUCAAGUCAACGCCAAGCAGAAUAUCCGCCAAUCACCCAAGGACAAAGUUGGAGUACAGUUGGGCACUAUUAGUGGCUUGUGA